AUGAGUGAAAGCACAAGGCCGACCAUGAGUGAAAGCACAAGGCCGACUAUCAGUGAAAGCACAAGGCCGACCAUCAGUGAAAGUACAAGGCCGACCAUCAGUGAAAGCACAAGGCCGACCUUCAGUGAAAGCAAAAGGCCGACCAUCAGUGAAAGCACAAGGCCGACCAUCAGUGAAAGCACAGGGCCGACCAUCAGUGAAAGCACAAGGCCGACCAUCAGUGAAAGCACAAGGCCGAACAUCAGUGAAAGCACAAGGACGACCAUCAGUGAAAGCACAAGGCCGACCUUCAGUGAAAGCACAAGGCCGAUCAUUAGUGAAAGCACAAGGCCGAGCAUCCUUGAAAGCACAAGGCCGACCAUCAGUGAAAGCACAAGGCCGACCAUCAGGGAAAGCACAUGGCCGACCAUCAGGGAAAGCACAUGGCCGACCAUCAGUGAAAGCACAAGGCCGACCAUCAGGGAAAGCACAUGGCCGACCAUCAGGGAAAGCACAUGGCCGACCAUCAGUGAAAGCACAAGGCCGACCAUCAGGGAAAGCACAAGGCCGACCAUCAGGGAAAGCACAAGGCCGACCAUCAGGGAAAGCACAUGGCCGACCAUAAGUGAAAGCACAAGGCCGACCAUCAGUGAAAGCACAUGGCCCACCAUCAGUGAAAGCACAUGGCCGACCGUCAGUGAAAGCACAAGGCCGACCAUCAGUGAAAGCACAGGGCCGACCAUCAGUGAAAGCACAAGGCCGACCAUCAGUGAAAGCACAAGGCCGACCUUCAGUGAAAGCACAAGGCCGACCAUCAGUGAAAGCACAAGGCCGACCAUCAGUGAAAGCACAAGACUGAUCAUCAGGGAAGGCACAAGGCCGACCAUCAGGGAAAGCACAAGGCAGACCAUCAGGGAAAGCACAAGGCCGACCAUCAGGGAAAGCACAAGGCCGACCAUCAGUGAAAGCACAAGGCCGACCAUCAGUGAAAGCACAAGGCCGACCUUCAGUGAAAGCACAAGGCCGACCAUCAGUGAAAGCACAAGGCCGACCAUCAGUGAAAGCACAAGGCCGACCAUCAGUGAAAGCACAAGGCCGACCAUCAGUGAAAGCACAAGGCCGACCUUCAGUCAAAGCACAAGGCCGACCAUCAGUGAAAGCACAAGGCCGACCAUCAGGGAAAGCACAAGGCCGACCAUCAGUGAAAGCACAAGGCCGACCAUCAGUGAAAGCACAAGGCCGACCAUCAGUGACAGGCUGUCUCUGGUAUCCCGCCUGGACACUGCAUCACACCUCUCACACGAAUGUGCACGGAGACAGAAAUCUGUCAAUCUGCUCAAAUUAAAAGAGUUUGACAAUGUCAAGGUUGCUGUCUCAGUGCACAAGACACUGAAUUCAUAUAGGGUCAUUGUCCGUGACAGAGCGCGCUACCUGUCUGUCGUGACAGAAGAUGAAAUUGCCAAGGAACUUGAAGAACAGUCCGUCACAGCUGUCAAACGAUUUACCGUAAAGAAGGAUGGUGUGGUCGGACCAACAAACACCCAUCACUUCACAUUUGCCUGA